CUUCGCCUUCUAGAUUUAUACCCCGUCUCUUAACACAUGAAGUCACACCCCAUGAUUACCUUGAUACCAUCCACUCCAGACAAGUCCACUAAAUCCCACUAUGCGGUCGCUCUGCUCCACACAAUCUGAAAGGUCACUGCAGGUCAGUGAGGGCAUUCCGGAACAUCUGAUUCACUCGUGUACUCUAUCCACUUACCAUUCUUCCACAUCCUUGCCCGCAAGACCUAUAGGAAUUUGUUCCUCUCUCUGUGCCCUCUGUUUAUCUACCUCCUCCUCCUCCUUUUCACCUUUCUUCUUCAUCUGGAAUGUUAUCUAUUGGGAUAUCACUUUUUCUCCUUUUUUUUUUCUUUCCCCUCUCCUGUUUUUCUUACUGCAUUGCCGAGGCUAGCUGGCUGGCUGCGCAGAUGAAAAUUCGAAAAUGCGAUAUGGGGAAUCUGUUCAAAACAAUCACGAAGAGUUAGAAAAAAGAAGAGACCUCAAUAGAGAACUCUUAAGAUCAAAAAAAGAAGAAAAAAAAAUUAAUCCCCGCCUCUCGUUUUUCUUCAUU